AAAAAUAGUUGGCUAGCGAAUUAUCCAUGCCUCUGUAUGGUGUUCGCUUUUUGAUGUCAAAAUGGCUACUUUUCUGUUUGUGAUUCUGUGCAUUAUUGUCACUAUACUGGCACUUCCGCUCCUUGCUUUUGGAAUCGUCGUGUGGAAGAACAACUUGAUUUAUCAAUUCUUUCAUCCGGCAGACACAAACUGCAAGCGUACAGGAGGUGAGCUGGUAGCGGAGACGCUCAAGGCACACGGGGUCAAGUUUCUCUUCACGCUGUGUGGAGGUCACAUCUCGCCGGUCAACGUUUCCGCUGAGAAACUGGGCAUCAGGAUAGUGGACACUAGACAUGAGGCCACAGCAGUGUUUGCAGCCGAUGCCGUUGCAAGGCUAUCUGGUGUGAUUGGAGCUGCCAUUGUCACAGCCGGACCUGGGCUUACAAACACCAUCACAGCUGUGAAAAAUGCUCAGAUGGCAGAAUCCCCCGUUCUGCUAAUGGGAGGAGCCGCUGGUACAUUAUUAAAGGGCCGCGGAGCUCUCCAAGAUAUAGACCAGAUGGCUCUGUUCAAACCUCUCUGCAAGAUAUGUAUCUCAAUAACACAAAUCAGAGAUAUUAUACCAGCAAUGAGAAGAGCUAUACAGGUUGCACAGUCAGGCACGCCAGGACCGGUUUUUGUGGAGCUGCCCAUUGAUGUUCUGUACAGUCAUGAGCUGGUGCUCCGUGAAGUAGCAGCGAAGGGCAAGCCGGCUGGAUUGGUCAAUGGUAUCAUACACUGGUAUAUCAUGACAUUCAUCAAUAACAUCUUUGCCGGAGCCUUUGAGAAGCGAGACACCUCCCCCUUGCCUGUCAAUCAACCUCUUGCCACGCCCCUUCAAGUUCAAAAGGGUAUAGAGAUCUUAAGCAGAGCUAAGAAGCCUGUUAUUAUACUUGGAAGUCAAGCAACUCUGCCUCCGCUACCUGCAGAGAAACUGAAGACGGCGUUAGAGGCCAUCGGUAUCCCAUGUUUCUUAGCUGGUAUGGCAAGGGGCAUGCUGGGAAGGAACAGUCCGCUUCACAUCCGGCAGCGCAGGAGAGACGCACUCAAGGAGGCGGACGUAGUCAUUCUAGCAGGAUCUGUUUGUGAUUUCCGCCUCAAUUAUGGACGAUCGUUGAGCAGCAGGUCGAAGGUCAUUGCUAUCAACAGAAAUAAAGAACAACUAUACAAGAACACCGAUCUAUUCUGGAAGCCUGCUCUAGCCGUCCAGGCUGAUCCAGCGAGUUACCUGGUAGAACUACAGAAGGGUCUCGGAAGCUACACGUGCGAUGAGGAUUGGAUUAAGACGCUCAGAGAACGAGAUGGAGAGAAAGAGGCAGCUAAUCUAACGAAGGCAUCUGAGAAAGCUGACCGGUAUCUGAAUCCUCUGAGUGUUCUCUACCAAGUUGAAGAUGUAAUGGAGGAGAACAGUGUCAUCGUGGCUGACGGAGGGGACUUUGUUGGCAGCGCUGCGUAUAUACUCAGACCCAGAGGCCCACUGAAGUGGCUAGACCCCGGUGCCUUUGGAACUCUUGGCGUCGGCGGGGGCUUUGCCCUCGGCGCCAAACUCUGCUACCCCGACGCCAACAUCUGGAUUGUGUACGGUGACGGAUCGCUCGGAUACAGCCUGAUGGAGUUUGAUACAUACUUUCGUCACAAGACACCUGUCAUUGCGGUGGUUGGUAAUGACGCGUGCUGGACGCAGAUUUGCAGAGAACAGGUGCCUAUACUGGGUUCAAGGGUUAGCUGUGAUCUAGCGUUCUGUGAUUAUGACAAGGCGGUCGAGGGUAUCGGAGGAGUGGGCAUCAAGCUCACUAAUGAAUCCAAAGACGAGGUGCGUCAGAAGCUGAUCGAGGCCCAGAAACUUAGCAAAGAAGGCAAGCCGGUCCUCAUAAAUUGCUUCAUCGGAAAGACGGACUUCAGGAACGGCUCGAUAUCGGUGUAAUCUAGAUCAAUUAAAUAUUCACCCUUAGCGGUUCAGAAUUUUCCUGGAGGGGUUAAAAUUUCAGCUUUCACUCCUCAAAUUGGCACCACUUAGGUUUCUCAUUCAGCUCCUUCAUAGUUUAAACAACCAUAAUAAUCUGUAUUAAUUCAAACCAAUGUGAAUAAUCAAUCACUACUAAAUUCAACCAAUACUUGCCAAUUUAUACAUAAUAAUAGUGAUUAUAUGAUAUCACACUGUAUUGCCAAUUUACAGAUUUUAAGGAUUGUUUGCAAUUCAAUUAUUCUUAUUCAUGGGCAACACAAUCGACUCAGAUUUGUUUGUGUGUGAUAUUAUAUGCUGUUUACGCUCAUGUAUAAUAAUGUAUUAUUCCAAGCAUUCUGGUCCAAAAGAUGAUUCAUAAAUGUUGCUAAAACAAGACCCUUAACUGCUAUAGGUGAAAGGGAGGGGGGGGGGGGUGUCUAUGCUGAUGUUAUGUUAUAAAAGGAGACCCUCAUAAAAGUAUGACAUUUUGCUUUUAUAUAACUCCAAUCAUUUUUGAACAAUCACCUAUUAAUUAUUCAUGUGAACCAGUUUUAGACAGGAUACAUUUUGUGACCGCGCUGCACAAUCGCUCUGCACAAAAUUUUCGAUACUGUGCGGUAUUACCCAGUGUCCAAAUUUCAUGAAUUUGGUGUUAAAAGACGCACAAGUCUUGGGGUUUGAAAGUCAUGAAAGCAAGGGAUUAGAAGGAAAAAAAUUGUUGUAGUUAUCGUGGGAAAGUACAGGGUGUCCCCCCUCCUUAAGGUUAACAGACUUUUAUGCAGUAUUACAUGCCAGGGGCAUUAAGUAUAUCUCUUGUGCAACUAAACUUUCACUUUUACAUUUCUCUACAAUGCCGGUAUUGUACAGUGUAUAUGUAUAGCCAUACAACACAGUCCUAUACCCUAAUCAAUUGAUUGGUCAAAUACGGUCACGUGUGAUUCAUUUACCAAGAUUAUCUCACUUUCUUUUUUAAUGACAAACUUUGUCACAUGCAAUUUUUUCAGUACUUUCCAACAAUGUUUAAGUUUGCCAAGCACAGCAGUGCACUUACCGUAAAUGUUUUAUCUCUGUGUGUGACCGAAGUGAGCCUAUUAAACCUAGUGUUUAUUUGUCAGCGAUAAUGAAACAAAACAAUCUUGAAAUGAAUGCUCUUUACAUCAAUUAGCAAGGAUCUAGGACAUUUGUUUUCUAAAACAAACGAUGCAUGUUUUUCACUCAUUUAUUCAACUAUCUAUUCACUCUCGUUGAGGCUGUUAAUGCAUGUCUUACUCAGCGUGAAGGUUUCGUACGAUAGAUGCAUACAGCCUCAACUCAUGUCUGGAUAGAUGGUAUAAUGAACUCGUUCACAUGCAUCAUUUGUACAACGAUACAUCUCAUUUGCAUUCAAAUAUGCUUGAAACAUAUAUUUGUUUGUUUUGUCGGGUAUAUAGUUUAAUUGUGAUACAGGGUGAUAUACCAGUAUUUCUUUGUAGGUUUUAGGCCCAUCUGAAAGAGGCGGGGUGCGAUAGGUGUUAACUUCAUGUACUUGGCUUCUUUGUGUCUUAUGCAGAUAGUGUGAUAAUUGUUAUGAACUGUGACAUCUACUUAACGGACCAUUUUUGUAUAUGAACUAUGGCUUUUCUUGCUUCUCAUAUUCUUGAUUUUUUGCCAUAUCUAAAUGAGAAAUGAUGUUAUUUGUAUAUACUUGUGUAAUCGGUUUUAGUUACUUUUAUAUAAUUUUGGUACAAAUUUCUAGAUUCUCUGAUAUGUAAGAAUCACAUGAUAAUGUGACAAUAUUGAUUGAAAUGUAGUAACCUUCUUCUUAGAAAUGAAAAUGGAAUAUAUAAUGAAAUGAGGAUGGUACCCAAAAGAGUGGAACACCUGAUAUAUGCAAUGUCACCUGAAUCAUUGGCACAGCAUCAUUUUGUUUCUAUUGGAUACAAUAAUUGUUUUUCAAGUAAAAUAACACCAAAACUAUCAA